GCCAUCGAUCAGGGAGAGAGAGAGAGAGAGAGAGAGAGAGAGAGAGAGAGAGAGAGAGAGAGAGAUGUCGUCGGUUAUGGCUUUGAACAGGCCGAGUACUGUCGUCGCGACGAUGAAGCAGAUGAUGCCGACGUCGACCGUGACGGUGGCUUCUCAUUCUCCUCUUCGAGUUUCAUGCGCCGCCUUCAAGUCCGGGAAUACAACAGAAAGUGAGAAGAGAUUUCGACCCAUCAAAGAAAUACCGUUCCAAGUGACGCACACCGUGUCGCCUGAGAAGCUCGAAAUCUUCAACUCCAUGGAGAAAUGGGCCGACCAAAACUUGUUGGCUUAUCUGAAACCCGUGGAAGAUUCUUGGCAGCCACAGGACUUCUUGCCCGAACCAGAAUCCGACGGAUUCUACGAACAGGUCCGAGAACUCAGGAACCGAGCUAGGGAGAUCCCAGAUGAUUACUUGGUUGUUUUGGUCGGAGAUAUGAUCACCGAAGAAGCACUUCCCACGUAUCAAACCACUCUGAAUACACUCGACGGCGUUAAAGAUGAGACCGGAGGCAGCCUGACGCCGUGGGCGAUCUGGACCAGAGCUUGGACGGCCGAGGAAAACCGACACGGCGAUCUUCUCAACAAGUAUCUUUAUCUGUCGGGACGUGUCGACAUGAGACACAUCGAAAAGACUAUACAGCAUCUUAUCGGUUGCGGUAUGGAUUCGAAAUUUGAGAACAACCCUUACUUCGGAUUCAUCUACACUUCAUUCCAAGAACGAGCCACGUUCAUAUCUCACGGCAACACCGCGAGGCUGGCAAAGUCCCACGGCGACGACUUCCUCGCGAGGAUCUGCGGCACGAUCGCGGCGGACGAGAAGCGGCACGAGGCGGCGUACACGGCCAUCGUCGAUCGUCUCUUCGAGAUCGACCCCGACGGAGCCGUACAGUCUCUGGCCACCAUGAUGAGGAAGCGGAUCACUAUGCCGGCUCACCUGAUGCACGACGGCCGUGACGGCGAUCUCUUCGACCACUACGCCGCCGUGGCUCAGCGGAUCGGGGUCUACACGGCGGAGGAUUACGCCGGAAUUCUGGAGUUUCUGCUGCGGCGGUGGAAGGUGGAAAGGUUAGGGCAGGGGUUGUCCGGCGAGGGGAGGCGGGCGCAGGAUUAUCUGUGCACCUUACCGCAGAGGAUCAGGAGGAUGGAGGAGAGGGCGAGUGAAAGGGCCCAACUAAUUGGGUCGAAACCCUCUGUUUCGUUCAGCUGGGUCUUCGGCAGAGAGCUUUCAACUUCAAGGCGUGAAAAAUCGUGGUGUCUCGUUGUAAAUUCCAUGACGUGGAACUUGUGCUUUGGCUUGAUGCUUGUAUUUCUACACUUCAUAUAUAUAUAUAUAUAUAUAUAUAAUAUGUGUGUGAUCCAAAAAUAUAACUCUCUCUCUAUAUAUUUUGUUGUUUUUUCCUCAUUGACUGUAUUAUAUUUGAUGAUCUAACUAUACAUUAAAACGGUGAAAAC